AUGUGUGGCGCCAACUUCUAUGAGAUUUUCAAUAUUUCAGAAAUGGAGCAGUUAUCACCGGCACAACUAGAACUUGCCGAAGAAGAUAUUGAUCCGAUGAUCCGAAAAUAG